GGAGGGGGUGAUAUUUUAAACCUGGGAGAGCUCACAUAUUUACCCCAGUGAGCCUGACUGACCUUGCCAUUUGUUAUAGUGAAGACGCCGGAGGAGAGACUACUUGAAGUUGCUUACAGCUUUUGCAGAUAAAAACAGUCCACAGAAGAAGAUUAUCAUAACAGAAGACAACUGGGUUAAACGGAAGACUUGAGGGAUAGAGGCAAGAAUAGAGGAGAAGAAACUUGGGGGAGUUGAGAGGUAGCCAGGCUGAGCUGACUUCUACCCCAGAGGAGGAGUUGCAGUUGCCGGCCAGGGCAGGUCCCGGAGCCGGCAGGGCUGGCCCUUCUGCUUCUCCACCUCUAUUCCUUCCUCCUUUUUACUCCUCCUUCUCCUCCCUUUUACCAUCUACCAAACUGCUGUGCAGUGAGGAACCUUCAGGCAGAGAGCGUUGAGCAACACAGGAAUGCUCAGAAAAUCCUGCCAACUAAACUUCAUUGCUGCAAUGGCAUCCUUUUCAGUAGCACGUUGCAAGGACCAGCUCCACUCACCCAAGAUGAGCCGCUGGCUGAAAUGCACUUCCAUGCACUUUAACACAGACUGGAACAAGUACGAUGAUCGGCUAAUGAAGGCCGUGGAACGCGGCGAAGUAGACAAGGUAGCCGCGGUUCUCGGCAAGAAGGGCAUCAUCCCCACCAAGCUCGAUGUGGAAGGGCGUUCAGCGUUUCAUUUGGCUGCAACACGAGGACACCUGGAGUGUCUUAAUCUCCUUCUGGGACACAAUGCUGAUGUCACUGCCACUGACGCCACAGGUAAAAAUGCUCUUCAUCUGGCUUCAAGAAAUGGACAUUCUAUAUGUGUGCAGAAACUGCUACAGCAUAAUUGUCCAGUUGGAAAUGUGGACCUUCAAGGAAGAACGGCUCUACACGAUGCUGUAAUGGCAGGCUGCUCAUCCAGCGUGAAACUUCUCUGUGACAGCGGGGCCUCCGUGAACACCACUGACUUUGAUGGCAGAACACCCCUGGUGCUGGCAACCCAGAUGUGUCAUUCUCGCAUCUGUCAGCUGCUGCUGGAGCGAGGUGCCGACAUCACCAUACGGGACAAGCAAAACAAGACCGCGCUGAUUCUGGGCUGUGAAUAUGGCUGCAAAGACGCUGUGGAGGUGUUGCUGAAGAGCGGCGCCGACGUGAAGGCGGUCGAUGGCGUGGGUCACGACGCGUUCCACUAUGCUCGUCUCAGCAAAAACCCGGAGCUCCUUGCAAUGGUUAAAUGUUACCUGGACAAAGUAACCAGAGAUAAAGAGGCUGCAAAGCUGGAGCAGUGGAAGCGACAGGACCUGGAGAGGCAGAAUGAGACCCUGCAGGAGAGUCUCAGGAAGUACCACCAGGAGCAGAGAACCCUGUUAGACAAGGUUAACACACUACAGCAACAGAUCUCGCAGGAGAAAAUGGCUACAGAAGACACUCAAAAAGAGAAGGAACAUUCAAAGGUGCUACUCGGUGCAAAAGAGCGAGAGGAAGGUGCUCGAGGUCCAGAGACUGUCAAGGUCCAGCUCCGGAGUACUAUGGGGGACUACUCCGGGCAGUCUGUAAUCAAAGGCAAAGAAAACAUUUUAGUCAAACAACCACACAGCAUGGAUUCUGAUCAGAAGGUCCAAAAUCAUGCCAUGGUGCGUUCACUGUCCAGACCUCUAGAAAAGAGUCAAUCAACUGUUGGAUGGGACGUCUCCGGUGAACUGGAUGCCCUUAGACAUGAACUGGAGGCAGUGAAAAGAAGACAACAUGCAGCAGAGGAAGAGACGGCGCGGCUUCAGUCUGCCCUGAACCGUAAAAACAGAGAGUGCCAAGAACUGGUUCAGAGUCGUGAUAUCAUCCAGAAACAGGCAGACCAGCAGGUUCAGGAGCUGGAGGAUGCCCUGGGAGAUGUCCAGAAGAGGAUGCUGGAUUCGGAGUGCAAGGUCAAACAGCUGCAAGCCCAUGUAGUUGCUGUCAAGGAACAUUUAGGAGGCCAGGCGAACGAAGAACUGCGUGUCCAGCUCCAGGAUAUCAAGGUCAAGUACGAGGGUGCUUCAGCUGAGGUGGGUCGCGUUCGUAACCGCCUCAAACAAAGUGAGAAGGCCCUGGAGGAGUACAAGUCCAGUGAGAGCCAGCUAGCAGUGGAGGUAGACCGGCUGAACCAAGAGCUGGGAGCUCUGACUGGAGAACGAGAUGAACUCGCCGAAACCUUUCUAGAAAUGCAAACCCAGUUGAAGGAGAGCCAGACUAAACGUGGCAACACGGUACCAGCCGAGAAAUUUGACAACAUGAAAAACCUGCUGUCUAAUGCAGUUGACGAGAAGGAGCGGCAGCUUGCAGAGCUGAGAGAAGACUAUGACCGUGUGCUGGAGGAGGUGGCAGAGCUCCAUCGAAAGCUGGACUGUCCAUUGUCACAGGGAGGACCAGCGAUGAUGUCUGCCGAGGAGCAAGAGCACAUACGGUCGGCGCUCGAAGAGCAAAAUGCUUCACUGAAAAGGAAACUCAUGGAUGUUACCACCAGAAGCCAGGCUCUCAUUGAAGAUGUCACAGAGAGCGAGGUGGAAAGAGACGUACUACGAGAUCAGCUGGACGAGCUCAGCAGCAGGAUCGAGACCGAAUUCAUAUCCAUAAAGGACCACGAUGAAGUUCGCAGGAACAUGGUGACUGCGUUGGAGGAGCUGGAGGACAAACUGGUGGAAGCGAGCGAACGUUAUGGAAAAGCAGAGGGACAAGUCCAGCAGCUUCAAACCGAGAGGGCCACACUGCAGGAGAGCAUGAGGAGUGUCCAAACCGCCCGAGACAGACACCAGAGUGAAAUGGACACUCUGAGGUCUCAGAACGUCGACCUGAAGAAGAAACUUGAACUGCUCGAGAAGAGAUGUGAAGAAAGGGAUAAAGAGUGUGUGCAGCUGACCACGCAGAGCCAGACGCUGAAACAGAGCCUGCAGGGAGAGUAUGUUUCCAGACAGCAGCACGAGCAAGUGAAGAUGGAGUUAAGUUCCACCUUAGAAAGUGUUAAAGCCGACAAGUCGAAGUUGGAGACCAAGGAAAAGGAACGUGUGGAAGAACUGAAGAAUGUGAAAGAAGGAAAUGCCAAGUUGAAAGAAGAGUUGGAAAAAGUUCUGUUGGACAUUAAAACGUUUUAUAUAAGCACAAAAGACCACAAAGCUGCCACAGACAAACUGAACGCUGCUGUGGUCGAGGCAGAGAAGAGAACAAAAGAAUCAUCAGAUAUGUAUGUACUGGCCCAGGAGGAAACCGUAAAACUUACCCAAGAGUUGGAGGCACAGAAGAAAGAACUUGAUACGAUACAGGAGGCUAUCCACUCUAGAUUUAUUCCACUGACGGCGGCUGCGGAGAAAGAACACUCUUACAGUGCCCAAGUCAAGGAGUUGACAGCCAAGCUGUUGGAAAUGGAAGAGAAGCAUAGCAAAGAAAAGUGUGCUGGAGAGGGCAACAGGGAGGAGAAGGAGAAACUCAAAUGUGAGGUAGAAUCUCUUCAAAAGAGACUAGAUGCUGCCUUAGUUACCACUGAAAAGCACAAGAAAACGGAGGCAGAGUUUGUGUGUAAAUUUGAGGAAUUGACUCAGAAGUUAGCCAACUUGGAGCAACAGCACGAUGAGCUCAAUCACCAGAAAACCGAUCUUCAACAGCAGAAUGCCCUCUGCAAGUCUCAGAUCCAGAAUCUCCAGGAGCGUCUGAAAUCAGAGUUGACACGGAUAGCAACAUACGACACGGAGCUUAAAGCACUCAAUGAUGCUAUGCAGCAAGCCCAAGCCGACUGCAAGAAGGCGAGGGAGGCUCAGCAGGAGGAGGCCCAGAGGGUUUGCACACUACAGAAAGAACUGCAGGAGCGCCGUGGAGAUCAGGCUUCUCUGCUGCAGCAACACUCCAGGGCGAAGGAAGAGAUGGAGGCUAAAGUGGCUAAGCUUCAAAUGGCUCUCCGUGAAGAGGAGGAGAUCAACGCCCAGAGGGCCGAAGAUGUGUCCGCCCUGCAAUCUGAACUCCUUCAGGCCACACAGGCUCUGGAGGAGAUUCGCUACAAGGAAGAACAGAUGAACCAGCUGAAGAAGGAGAAGCAGCAGCUCAAGGAGGAGGUCGCAGACAUGAGUAACAAGCUGCUGAGCUCAGGAGAAGAGUGCCAAGACGCCCGCCAUGAGACUAGACGAGCGAGGGAGGAUGAGAGCAAGGCGCGGACAGACAUGGAGAACCUCCAGGAGAAGGGACGUGCCAUUGAAAGAGAAAUUGGAGAAUUGAAAGAGAGAUAUGAUGAGUCCCUGAGCACCAUCUGUGAUCUUCAGAGGAGGAUUCAGACAUCGGCUCAGCAGACGGAAGCGAAAGACAAGAAGAUCACAGAGCUGCUGACGGACGUUGAGCGGUUGAAGCAGGCACUGAACGGUCUGUCCCAGCUGGCGUACACGAGCAACGCGCCCAACAAGAGGCAGACGCAGCACAUCGACACACUCCAAGCUCAGAUUAAAAGCCUUCAGCAACAGCUGGCUGAUGCUGAGAGGCAACACAGAGAGGUGGUUUCAAUUUAUCGAACUCAUCUUCUCAGUGCAGCACAGGGACACAUGGAUGAGGACGUCCAGGCCGCCUUACCAGAUCAUCCGCAUGAGACAGGAGUUUGUGUGUUAAAGCUUCUGCCGACUCACUCUCACUCUCACUCAACAUUUUCCCAGUGUCCGUUUGCUGUGGCCCCUGUGGGUGCUCACCAUGUGUUUUUGUCUUCCUGCAAAGUUUCCUCUCACAGGAAGUUCUGAAAAAUCAUUUUCUUCAAGUGUGGCUGGACUUGACAGCUCCCAAAUAUCUAACGCUGUGUUGUGGUCAAAGUCAUGCUGGACUUCAUCUGCCUUCUCUUUUAUGUAGAAACCUUUUCUACACACACGAUUCCAUACAUUUCUUUCAGAUCUUUCAUAGAUGAUCAGAUUUCCCUCGUGGAUUAAAACCCAUUAUGUUCAGUAAUUUGGAAGUUAUUUGAAGCGUGGGUCACCUCUCUCUCAGAUUACUUGAAUUGCUCGGCUGAAAUGUAAAACCAACACGAACCCUUUUGAAGACCACUUUUCACAUUCCCACCUGGCAGUCCGCUCUCAUGCAGUGUUUUUUUUUUUUGUAUUUAACAGCAAUUUGUAACAGAAUUUUUAAAGGGAUAGGUUCACAUUUUCUUGCACAGUGUGCAAAUUUUAAUGAGUUAUUAGAUGCGGUUAUUAUUAUAAUUAUUGUAAUAAUAAUAAUAAUAAUAACAAUAAUUCCUUGUGUUCAUACUAGCACUGAAGGAAAUGAAUAAAGUGUAGACUUUGUAGUUUACAGGGAAUCAAAAACAAAUUCCUGCUGGCAUCAACUUGACGUUGUCAUAGAGCAGUCCAAGUUGAUGUUAACACCUUACAAUGGCCUUUUUUUUUUUUUUUAAAUCAAAAUAAUGUAACCCAGCAUAGGGUUUUGUUUACAGGUUGACCUUCAGUUGCUUUAAGUUCAGUUUAGAAGGCAGUUUGUUUUUUUUGCUUUGAUAUCUGCAAUUUUCACUUUGGAAAAACAACUGUUCUCAAAAUACGCUGAGCUCGCUCGCUCAGAUUCUGCUGAGUCAUCGUAUCAGCAGGGUGCAGCGGGUUGACCGUGACCUGUCACAGGUGUCGGCCGUGAUGAGCUCCAGCUUCUCUUCACAGCUCCAAAAGCACAACCCUGAAAAUGUCGUGGAUCGUAUCGUCUCAUAUCAACAAAUGAUAAACUUCAGCGUAAAACAAUUGUGAUGAAGGAAAAUGUGAAUCUAUCUUUUAACACUCGUUCAUGUCAGUUCAAACAUUUCAGCUUCUUUCUUGAGCCGUUUCAGUCGGACCCUUAUUUUCUUCUGGAGGUCCAAACCCUCGUGUUCUUUCUACAUCAUCCAAAUACCAAAGACCUGAAGUUAAUGCAAAUCUAAAAAAAAAAAAAAUAAUCAACCAAACCUGUCAUUUUGGUUGAUGGUUUUGAGCAGUUUUGUGGUAGAUUUGGAAGAGAGUGUGGUGGUGUGUGUGGUUGGUUGUGCUGGAUUUGAGUCAUGGAGAUUUUGCAGAAUCUCUUGCUGUGUCCUACAGGUUGCAGUGGCACGUUGUCCUUUUUUUUCCUUUUCUUUUCUUUUUUUUCUUUUUUUUUUUGAAACCAGAGUGUCCUCUAGUGGUAAGACUUGGCAGGCCAAGUUGAUAGAUAAUUGUAAUAACCAGUGCAGAGCCCGCGGGGUAGGCAUUUUCUGUGUGUGUGUGUGUGUUUGGAAGCUGUGAUAUCUGCACACUUGUGCUCAACACUGGGGAAAUGAUAAUAUGAAUCUGAAUUGUGGAGGUAAAACUAAUGAAACUACUAAUAUUUAAUGCAGUGAAGUUGAUUGGCAGCAGAAUUCCUCUUUUCUCAAUUGUGAAGCAGUGAAGGAGCGGAUGUGCAGCUCUCCUACAGCGACGCGCGUCGACCCCUAAGCUCACCCCUUGUGACUCCUCAUGGUGUAGUGUCGCGGCGUUGUGAUUGUCGAGCGAGUCUCCUCGCGCCUUUACACUGAUUAUAUUUUUCAUAGCUUUGUACUUUAAAUGACGAACUACAGUGUGACAAUUGUGAUAAUUCAGCAGGUCUGGAAGUAGAGCGGCACAGAACGCGUUCAGGGUGAUAUUUACUGUAGGAACACAACAGAUCUGUAGUUAUGUGGAUAAUAGACUUCCCCCUUAACAGUUAGUUACAUGAAGCACUCCCGCCUUUCUCCUUCAGCGAACUCUCUUUUGCCAAGUAAUAUUUCACGAUCUCUGUUUUUACAAGCCAAAAAAACAAUGUGUUUACACCAACAGAUUAAUGAAAUGAAUCUUGUUAUUGCAUUUUUAUUACGCAGGCUUUAGAGAGCGACACUAAUUCUUUCAGGUAUUUCCUUCUGUCCUCCCACGUCUGGUCAGUGUAAACUAUAGAUAUAAUCCAGUUAUAAACAUACUUAAAACAGUUUAAAUGGGUUGUUUCCUUUGGUAACAUCAUUUGUGUUUGUGAGUCAAUAAUACAAAAUCAAUAAAAGUGCCUAACAUAGAAAACUA